AUUUAGUCUACCUUACACUGUGUUAAUUCUUCUAUAAAAUCCUUUCAUAAGUAUGGUUUCUCAAGAGUUAGCCAUGGAGACUAACCAUGCCCCAGCCUCAAUUUUUAAGCUCCUGACGGUUGCUUCCUUGGCAGCCGGUGUCCAAUUUGGAUGGGCGAUUCAGCUCUCUCUAUUGACUCCAUAUUCACAACAACUUGGUGUUCCUCAUGGAGCUUCUAACUUUAUUUGGCUUUGUGGUCCGAUCUCCGGCCUCCUUGUGCAGCCCAUUGUUGGAUUCUACAGCGACAGAUGCUCCUCCCCGUUUGGUCGCCGCCGCCCCUUUAUUGUCAUGGGAGCGGUUCUCAUUGCCAUUGCUGCAUUACUCAUUGGUUUCGCAGCCGAUUUAGGCCACGCUACAGGGGAUGUUUUGGAAGACAAGAUAAAACCCAGAGCAGUCGCGGCGUUUGUUAUCGGUUUUUGGAUUCUUGAUGUGUCGAACAACAUGUUGCAAGGUCCGUGUAGAGCGUUCUUGGCUGAUUUAUCCGGGGAGGAUCAUAGAAUGAUGAGGAUAGCCAACGCGAUGUUUUCGUUCUUCAUGGCGCUCGGGAAUGUUCUUGGUUAUGCAGCAGGGUCUUAUGAUAAACUGCAUAAGUUAUUCAGAUUCACAAAGACGACUGCUUGUGAUGUUUCUUGUGCAAAUCUCAAAUCUUGCUUUGUCUUGGAUGUUCUACUCCUUGCAGCGGUGACUACCUGCGCGAUGUGUUCAGUGAAAGAGAAAAAAUGGAUGAAGGAAAACCAGGACAAUGAUGGAUCAAGCAGAAAAUUUCCCAUCUUUGGCGAGUUGCGUUCUGCAUUUAGAGGAUUAUCCAAACCAAUGUGGAUUUUGCUCCUGGUCACUUGUUUGAACUGGAUAGCAUGGUUUCCGUGGGUGAUGUACGACACAGAUUGGAUGGGAAAAGAGGUUUAUGGAGGCAAAGUAGAUGGAAAUCCUGACCAAAAGAAUCUAUAUCAAAAGGGUGUUGAAGCAGGCUCUUUAGGGCUACUGCUUAACUCGGUCGUCCUCGCCGGUUCUUCCUUGGUUGUCAUGGCGGUGGCGAACUUUUCCGGUGGAGUGAAGUGGUUUUGGGGUGUCGUGAACUUCGGCUUAGCGGCUUGUUUGGUCGGGACAGUGGGUGUUACAAAGACUGCCAAAGCUUGGAGAUCUCAACACAAGAAUCAAGUAUUAUUACCACCAAAGAAUGUUAAAGGAGGAGCCUUGGGUUUGUUCUCAGCAUUGGGUGUUCCACUUGCAGCUACUUAUAGUAUCCCAUUUGCCUUGGCUUCAAUAUUUUGUUCUAGUUCUGGAUCCGCUGAUGCUGCUGGACAGGGCCUUUCUUUGGGACUACUGAAUGUGUCCAUUGUGAUACCACAGAUGUUGGUUUCUCUAGUGAGCGGACCUCUGGACGGGGCAUUCCAUGGCAGUAACUUACCGGCAUUUGUUCUUGGCGCUGUCGCGGCCACCAUAAGUGGGUUGCUUGCCCUCUUUGCGCUCCCAAAUCCGCCGCCUAAUUCCUUUCAGGGCAUAUUACCUGCUGGUGGUGGACAUUGA